AUGGAGACAUUUGGAUCCAAAAACCCUGACUUGAGCUUGGUGCUUUCGUCCUGUGAGCCUGAGCUGCAGGAGUUGAUGCGUCAGAUUGACAUAAUGAUCGGUCAGCAGAGGACCGUGUGGGAGACAGAGAUCCAGAGCACACAGACCCAGCUGAAGACUGUCCAGGAGGAACUGUCCACCUCCAAAGAGAUUUUACAGAGGAAGGACUUAGAGAUCUCAGUUCUUCAGAAGCAGCAAGAAUCCAUAAAGGCUGAACUUAUUUCAAAGUAUGAACAUCAGCUCCAUAAAGUUUGUGACGAGUUAAACAAGUUGAAAAGAAGUUACCAGAAGCUCCAGCGCAAACAUGGGAAGCAGGACCAUUCCGAAGUGUCGCGGCUCAAGGAGAAGAUCGAGGAGAAUCAGAGGCGCUCCAUGGACUGGGAACAACAGUGCGUCCAGUACCAAAAACAACUUGGCACAUUGGAGACACAGAACCAGAACCUGAGCCAAGAAAUCUCCCUUCUGAAAGCCCAGUGGGCGUUGCCGAAGGAGCGGGAGCACAGAGAAUGUUGCUCAAAGCUGCAGAAUGUUCGGUUGCAGCUGGAGAAGACACAGGACAGCCUUCAUUCACAAGAACUUGAGCUGGAGCGACUGCGCCCCCUAGAGGUGUGGUUGGGGCAGUACCAGAGGGAGACAAAGGUUCUCGCAGAAGAGAGGGAUGAGCUCCACGCCUCGCUGGACUCCCAGGACUCAUUUGUCCGUAGAGCUGGUGUGGAGCGGCAGAGGCUUCGGACUGAGGCUGAGAGACUGAACCAGCGGCUGCAGGCGAAGGACCAGGUCAUACGUUCUCUGGAGGACUGUCUGGCGACUCAGGGCAACGCUGGAGUGGAGGCUGUGAGGCAGGACCUGGAGAAGACCACAACGAGACUGCAGUCCGCUCAGACCAGUGAGGCUGAGCUCAGGGCCGAGCUUUCAUGUCUCAGAGAGAAAUUGGAGACCGUGAGCCGAGGGAGAGAGGACCAAUCAAAGACGGAGCAAGAACUGAAGAAAAUCAAGGCUGAAUAUGAGACGUGCACCGCAGAGAUGAAAAAGCUGCGGCAGGAGCUGCAGCGCGCUCAGCAGACACACUGUGGGGAGGUGGAGGGCAUGAGGCGGGAGGUCUCCAAACUGACCAGCGAGCUCCACCUGAGGGAACGCACCAUCUCCUCGCACCGCAGCUCCGUGGGCAACGUCCGGGAGCAGCUCAGAGGGGAGCAGCAGCGAGCCGAGCAGAGGAACGCCGAGCUCAAAAUAACUCAGGCUCAACUGGACUCUCUGAGAGACGAGAACCAACAUCUGAAAAGUCUGCUCCAGCGUCAGGAUUCUCAUUCACCCAAGAGAGCAGAGCCGGCGCUGGGAGCUCUGAGGGACAGUUACAUCCUGUCGCUGAGCAGCCUGGAGCAGGAGAACCAGCAGCUGAGGCAGAAACUCGAAGAGGUCCAUGGCCGACUAAAGGCAUCGAAUGGAAAUGAUCCUGAUACACCUUUAACUUCUGUUCAAAGUGACCAAACUGACCAAACUCAACCUAGGAAACCAGGAAACGGCUCCAGUCACGAAGGCGAGAUCCAGAGUCUGUUUAACCAGCUGCAGAUCCAGGCCCAUCCAUCUCCAGGUCCAUCCCACAGCAGCUCUCAGGACAGCAGGGCCCAGUCUCCAGCCCUCUCCUCCUCCUCUGGCUCCUCUGAACUCCACCUGGACCCAAGGAACUCUGCAUCCAGUGAUUCAGCGCAGGGAUCCAUACAUUCAAAAUCAAGGGAGAGAGCCACAGGAGCAGACUCGAUGCCCUCGUCUCCCUCUGAGAGCGUGGUGUGCCGGUUCCUGGAGGAGGAGAGCCUGCGGUCCGGAGAACUUCUGCAGAUACUUGACUCUCACAUCCAAAACAUGACGGACAACAACACCAGGACUGUGUCAAAAUAUAUGCCCGACUCUGCCGCUGCUACAAACGCUGAUUUGUGA